GGCUCUCUUGAUGGGAGUGUGGAUUAACUUGUGUGUCUUUAAAUUCACUGGGAAAAACUGUAUAAUUUAACUCAAAAUCGUGAUAAAACUAUGGAAAAUUGCAAAAGAUUAUGAAGAAAUAGAUAGAAUAUAUGAAAUAGUGGCUGUGAAUUAGAGAAAAGACGCAAAAACUUUUUGUCAUAAAACCCCAGACACCGGUUCUGGUAGCAAACACACAAACAAAAGAGAGUCGCAGAAAAAAUUAAGAAGCAGUACGGCAUUCAUUGUAAAUUAAUAACUGCCAUAAUUUAUUGCGGUUUUUGUUUUGUCGUGUAGUGGGUGUAUGAUCAUUAAAUUUUGCAAAAAUGGCAGUUGAAACCGCAAAUCCAGCGGCAAAGACGAAAUUUCUAACAUGGGAGAAACAGGAACAUCUUGUAAAAAUGGCUAUUUUAAUAAUAGCAGCGGUUUUGUCAUUCGCCACGCGUUUAUUCUCUGUGCUGCGCUUCGAAAGCGUAAUUCAUGAAUUUGAUCCGUACUUCAAUUAUCGCACGACACGUUUCCUCGCCGAAAAUGGCUUCUAUAAAUUCCAUAAUUGGUUCGAUGAUCGUGCCUGGUAUCCAUUGGGGCGUAUUAUUGGUGGAACCAUUUAUCCCGGUUUGAUGGUAACAUCGGCAGCCUUAUAUAGGAUAUUAUGGUUAUUGAAUUUUACCGUGGACAUACGCAAUGUUUGUGUAUUUUUGGCGCCAUUUUUCUCCUCACUCACCACGUUGGUUACCUAUGCCCUGACCAAGGAGAUCCAUAGCACUGGUGCCGGCUUGGUGGCUGGAGCAUUGAUUUCCAUUGUGCCUGGUUACAUUUCACGUUCUGUGGCUGGUUCAUAUGACAAUGAAGGCAUUGCAAUUUUCUGCAUGCUCCUAACCUAUUAUCUAUGGAUAAAGGCGGUUAAGACUGGAGCCAUCUUUUGGUCUGCCAUGUCCGCAUUGGCAUAUUUCUAUAUGGUUUCCUCUUGGGGAGGUUAUGUUUUCCUCAUAAAUUUGAUACCUUUGCACGUGUUGGCCUUGAUGUGCACGGGACGUUUCUCGCAUCGUGUGUACAUUGCCUACAGUACUUUGUAUUGUUUGGGUACGAUUUUGUCUAUGCAAAUAUCAUUUGUGGGAUUCCAGCCCAUUCAGAGUUCGGAGCAUAUGUUGGCCUUGGGAGUUUUUGGUCUAUGUCAAAUCCAUGCCUUUGUUGACUAUCUACGUUCCCGCAUGCCAGCCGAUCAUUUUGAAACGCUUUUUAAGGCAUUGGUUUCUACCGUGCUGACAGUGGCCUUUAUUGUUGGCAUACUUUUGACGGUAACUGGUAAAGUUUCUCCCUGGACUGGUCGUUUCUAUUCUUUGCUGGAUCCGUCUUAUGCAAAAAAUCACAUUCCCAUUAUUGCCUCGGUAUCGGAACAUCAACCGACAUCUUGGUCUUCAUUUUACUUUGAUCUGCAGAUUUUGGUAUUCCUUUUCCCAGCCGGCCUAUACUUUUGCUUUGUCAAACUCACCGAUGCCAAUAUCUUUAUAAUACUCUAUGGUGUGACUAGCAUUUAUUUUGCUGGUGUUAUGGUCCGUCUAAUGCUGGUUUUGGCACCUGUUAUGUGUGUACUAUCGGGCAUUGCAGUUUCCCAUUUAUUGGCCAAAUAUAUCCAGUCAAUAGAGGUGGCAUCCGCUGCACAAAAACCAGUUGAAAGUAAAAGACAAUACAAAAAGAUGGAACAACAAAGUGGUGGCAUUAAAAAGGAAGUUGCCAUAACUUUUGUCGGUAUUGUAACAAUGAUGCUGAUAGUCUAUACAUUCCAUUGUACUUGGGUAACAUCCGAGGCAUAUUCAUCACCCAGCAUUGUGCUGAGUGCCCGUUCUCAUGAUGGUGGUCGCAUUAUAUUCGAUGAUUUUCGUGAGGCCUACUAUUGGCUGCAAAUGAAUACACCAGAGAAUGCCCGCAUCAUGUCUUGGUGGGAUUAUGGUUAUCAAAUAACAGCCAUGGCCAAUCGCACCAUACUUGUGGACAACAAUACCUGGAAUAAUACUCACAUUUCACGUGUGGGCCAAGCCAUGGCUUCCUCUGAGGAAAAGGCUUAUGAAAUCAUGCGUGAACUUGAUGUCGAUUAUGUUUUGGUUAUAUUUGGCGGUUUGACCGGUUACUCAUCGGACGAUAUUAAUAAGUUCCUAUGGAUGGUGCGUAUUGGUGGCAGUACAGAUCGUGGUGCUCAUAUCAAGGAAAAAGAUUACUAUGCUGCCAAUGGAGAGUUUCGUGUUGACAAGGAAGGCUCCCCAACAUUGCUCAACUGUCUAAUGUACAAAAUGUGCUAUUAUCGUUUUGGUCAAGUCUACACCGAAGGUGGUAAGCCACCGGGUUAUGAUCGUGUCAGAGCUGCUGAAAUUGGUAAUAAAGAUUUCGAAUUGGAUGUCUUGGAGGAGGCUUAUACCACAGAACAUUGGCUGGUGCGAAUCUAUAGAGUUAAGGAUUUAAGUAAUCGUGGUGUUUAAAGAGAGAGGGAUGGAUCACACACGGCUUCCGUCUUGUUUAUAUACAAAAUGUCCCUUUAUUUCUAACAAAUACUUAAAAGUGAUUUUGAUUUGUAUCUUAAAAAAAAAUAUUGUUGAUCAAUUCAUGUUUUUUUUUUUUGUAAAACACUCAGUAUUUAUGAAGUUUCUUCUGUAUUUGUUUAGAAAAUGCCCUAACCCUAAUGAAUGAAUCUCUUUUGAAACUAAACAAGUGCAUCGAAUACACAAAAGCUAAAAAAAUUAGUUAACAAAUAAGAAGGCAAAACUCUCAAGAAAAAGUAUUAAAUCUUUAACUCUAAAUACAAUAGCACACAAAACGUUCUCGAAUAAAUUAAUUUAAGACAACAUGUAUCUAUGCGUACUCACCAUCCAUGACAACACACACAGACAGGUUUUCUAUAAUAAAAUAUAUAUUUUAUAAAUGAAA